AUGGCAAAGACCGACAACAUUGUGGCGGCUGGCUUCUGUUUAUGGUGUUUUGGUGGUCGGCAGAACCAAGUCCUAGUUUGGUGUUUUUUCCAUUAUUUUUGGGCCACGGACCUGUAUCUGGACUUGGGUGUUUUGCUGCUGGCGACGGCCUCUGUGCGGGGGAGUGCCAUUGAUUGGGUUUUGGAGUGUCCUUUGAUUGGUUGGAAUUGCGGUUGGAGUCAAGGGGUGGCGGCUUUGACCCUGUUGAUGGCUCUUGAGUUACGGUGGUCGGUGGCCUUGCGGUGGACUGCUCUCGGUGGCCUUCUCGGAGAAAGAGAGAAGAAGGACAAAAGAUGGAAGGAGAGAGAGAAGGCAAAGAAAGAAAAGACAUGGGAGGAAGAAAGAAAGAAGAAGGACAAAAGAAGGAGGGAGAGAGAGAAUGGGCAAAGAGAGAGAAGACAAGAAGGAGAGAAAGCAUUAGAAGGAAAGAGAGAUAAGAAGGGCAAAAGAAGGAAGGAGAGAGAGAAAGGAAGGAGAGAGAGAGGGGGAAGGCAAGGGAGGGAGAGAGAAAGAAGGCAGAUAGAGAGGGAGCGUGAGGAAAGGAGAGAAGGCAAGGAAAGAUAG